AUAUAAAUGACAACUUUGAUACAUCCGCAGCCACAAGUUAACGGUGGUUAAAGAUGUGCAUUAGUAGAGUCCAUAAAAACAAAACAACGAAAAGAAAGUUUUAUAUUAUAUAUAUUAUAAGAAACCUAUUAGUUAUUUCCAAAUUUUAAGAGCUGUUUUCAUAUGGCAUUGUAUAUAUAUAAGAGUAUUAAGACUUGAAAAAACACAAAGAUAAGAUGAAUUUAUUAGACCCGGUUCCGAAACUAGUUGGUAUUUCUAGUAAUCUUUCUAUAAACAUAAAUAAUAACCCAUUUACACUUGGAAGAGGAUUAAAUUGCGAUUACGUUGUAACUAAUCAGACUGUAUCCAGAUUACAUUGUCAGCUUGAAAAAUUGGGCGAUUAUUGGUUUCUCCGAGAUAAAAGCACAAAUGGUACUUUUUUGAAUGAUGUAUUAAUAAAAGGAACAUUAAGUCCCUAUUUAAAAGAUCAGGAUGUAAUUCAAUUAUCUGAUGACUGUAAAUAUAGAUUUCAAUGCAGUGAUAAUAUAACUGAUGAACAACUGUGUCAAAUAGCUGAUUCUUUAAUACAAACCAUAAAAGAUGUUCCUUAUACAACUGUAUCUAAUGGCCUCGAUAAGAUAUUUCCCACAGAGAAAAGUGUAGCUACAGGAGAACAGCCAAAUAAAAAGAUUAAAGUUGCAGUCAAUUCAAGAGGAAACAAUAUUAUAGAUUUAACUAAUGAAAGUGCACAGUCAUCCUCUAGCUUGCAUGAACCAUCAAUAAUUGACUUAUGUGAUAGUUACAUAUUGCCGUCAACUUCAAAUAAGGAUGAAGUGAAAAUUUCUGAUGCGAAAGAUGAACCUGAAACUAGAUCUGAAAUACCUUCCACCAGUACUAGUGCGACUAGAGUCGAAAUAGAAUCUAGUCAGUUAGAUCAAGCUACUAAUGAAAACCAAGAAUUUCUCUGUGCCAUUUGCUCAGAACUGUUUGUAAAGGCAACAACACUCAAUUGUUCUCAUACGUUUUGUAAGUAUUGCAUAGAGACUUGGAGGAAGAAACAAAAUUUUUGUCCUAUUUGUAGGACCAAAAUUACAUCACAAGUUGUGACAUUAGUUUUGGACAAUUUUAUAGAAAAAAUAAUACAAAAUUCAUCAAAAAAAGUACAAGACAAUAGAAAAGAACUGUUGGAAGAACGGCAAAAGGAUAAUCAGAUUGAUAAAAAUGCUAAAGACUCAUCUACUGUAUAUCUUGAUUACAGCACAGAUUAUUCAACCGACACAGAGGAUGAUGAUGAUGAUGACUAUGAUAUAGGAAUGAAUGAUAACUGGGACCAAAUUCGCAUACCUUAUUAUGGUGGAUAUGGAAACUGUUUUACUUGUGGAAGAAGAGGACAUUGGUCGAGAGGAUGCCCUUUCAGAUAAAACCUUAUAUCAUUCUAUAUUUUUAUUUAAAAAUUAAAUACCCUUAAAUAAUA